CGGCAUCAUGGCGGACGGGGAGCGGUCGCCGCUGUUACCGGUGGAACCGGGGCCGGGCCCGGGGCUGGGGGGGGCCGCGGGGGGGGGUGAGGCCCCGCCCCCUUACUCGCCAUUGGUCAGCCCGGAAGGAGGCGGGAGCGGCGGCGGUGACGUCGGAGGCGGCGGCGGCGGAGGGGUGGGAGGGGCGGGGCCGUCGGUCACGUGCCGCGUGUGCCAGCGGCCAAUCAGCGUGGAGGGCAAAGGGCACCAGCACGUGGUCAAGUGCGGCGCGUGCGGGGAGGCCACGCCAAUCAGGACGGCCCCUGCGGGGAAGAAGUACGUGCGGUGCCCCUGUAACUGCCUCCUGGUCUGCAGUGGGGCUGCGCAGCGCAUUGCCUGCCCCCGGCCAUACUGCAAGCGCAUCAUCAACCUGGGCCCGGUUCAGGCCGGAGCCUCCAGCCCGGAGCCGCCAGCAGGGGGCGUGCGCGUGGCCUGCGGGCACUGCGGGGGCCCCUUCCUGUGGGCCGAGCUCUCGGACCGCGCCCUCGCCCGCUGCCCCCACUGCCGCAAGGUGUCCGCCAUUGGCCGUCGGUUGCCGCGGCGACGCUGCCUCUGCUGCCUCCUGCUGGCGCUGCUCAUGGCCGGGGCGGCCGCGGGGCUGGCGGUGCUGACGUGGGGGGUGUCGCGGAAGCUCCGCCCCCUGCACGCGGGUUGGGCCCUGCUGGGGGCGGGGUCUGGGGCCUGCCUGCUGCGGGCGGCCUAUUGGGGCUGCGUGCGGGUGAGCCGGGCCCUGCCCGCCCGCCCCUGAUUGG